AGUAGCUGGGACGAGAGACAGAACAGAAGAGAGCUGUCAAGCUGCGAGGAGGCAGCAGAGAGACGACUUAGUUUUUUCUUGGAAUACAUUUUCCCCUCCAUCUCUGAAGCCCACACACACACACACACACACACUCAAAGUGAAGUGUGAGUGCUGCUGUUGAAUCAUUUUCAGGAUCUGGACUUAUUCUAGCACGUUUGGAUUCAGCAUCUUUGGACUUUUCUUCUGAAGUGCAACACUUUGGAUAAAGAGUGUUGAGUGCAACAGCCAUAUUGUGACACGUUCAGCACUUGGACUCAGUGUGCUUUUGUUUGUGUGUGUGAGGAGGAAGAGGAGGAUGUGUCGGUUGGUGACAGUGGUGCUGCUUGCCCACCUCGGGGCUUCCUUUACUGGGGCAUGGAGAGCAUCUCAACCAAGACUGCAGUUCACACACUCCGAGCUGAUCCAGAAUGGCCGCCUGCUGACGCUGCCCCUGGUGGCCGGAGACAUGCAGUCCCUGCUGCCUGACGAAGACAGGAGGCGUCUGUACGUGGCCACGAAAGAUAACCUGCUCUCUACCAGUCUGGAUGACAUAACGCAGAACCCACGCAAGCUGUACUGGCCUGCCAGCCCAGACCGAGUCCAGGAAUGUCUCAUGGCUGGGAAGGAUCCAGAGUUGGAGUGUGCUAACUUCCUGAGAGUUCUGCAGCCUUUUAAUCAGACCCACCUCUACGUUUGUGGCACUGGAGCCUUCAACCCCCGAUGUGCUUUCAUAGCUACAAGCGUCUUCAAACAGGCGGAGCACCAGACUCUCUCCUACGGCCAGACGGAGUGUGGGAAAGGGAAAUGUCCCUACGAUCCGUUCCAGAAAACAGCCUCUGCUGUCGUUGACGGAGAGCUGUAUGCUGGGAUCACCUCAGACUUCAUGAGCCGGGACUCCGCCUUCUUCCGUAGUCUCGGCAGCCGUCACGUCAUCCGCACCGAGCAGUACGACUCCACCUGGCUGCAGGAUGCGCAGUUUGUGCGGGUAGCGCCGCUGUCUGAAACUGAUAACCCAGAGGACGAUAAGGUCUACGUGUUCUUCACCGAGCGCGCUCAGGAGGCCGAGGGGGCUGCUGGAAAGGUGCUCUACUCCAGAGUGGCGCGUGUGUGCAAGAAUGACAUCGGAGGCCAGAGGAGUUUAGUCAACAAGUGGAGUACCUUCCAGAAGGCCCGCAUGGUGUGUUCAGUCCCGGGACCAGACGGCCUGCAGACGCACUUCGACCAGCUGCAAGACAUCUUCAUCCUCCAGGCGAAAGACAAGAAGAACCCGCUCAUCUACGGCCUGUUCACCACCUCCAGUGAUAUCCUGAAUGGUUCAGCAGUGUGCGUCUACCGGAUGGAGGAUGUUGUUCGAGCUUUUAAAGGAAACUUCCUUCAUAAGGAGGGGCCUCAGUAUAAGUGGGCAGAGUUUACAGGCAAGGUGCCUUACCCGCGACCAGGAACUUGUCCCAGCAGCACUUAUGGAAGUUACAGCUCCACCAGAGAGUAUCCUGACGACGUCAUCUUCUUCAGCAGGACUCACCCCCUGCUGCAGGAAAAUGUGCUGCCGCUGGGCGAGCGCCCCCUCCUGGUCAGAGUUGGGGUUCACUACAAAUUCAGCAAACUGCUGGUGGACAGGGUGGAGGCCGUGGAUGGCACCUACGACGUCCUGUUCAUCGGCACGGACUCGGGCCUCGUGCUGAAGGCCAUCCAUCUCCCCAGAGAACAUGGUCAGGGUCAGGAGGUCACUCUGGAGCAACUGCAGGUCUUCCAGCACAAAUCACCCGUGACAGCCAUGACGCUCUCAAAGAAAAAGCAGUGGUUGUUUGUGGGCUCCAGGGAGGGUGUUUCCCAGCUGGCCCUGUACCAGUGCGAGCUGUACGGUCAGGCCUGCGCUGAGUGCUGCCUCGCCAGAGACCCAUACUGCACCUGGGACGGACACGCCUGCAGCCCCUACAUGCCCACCGUGCGCAGAAGGAAUGCUCGCCACUUAGGGGAGGAAGAGGAUCCCCUCACUCAGUGUGUCAGACAGGGAGCCGGGCUGCAGGUGGAGGCGGAGCAGAGGAUAAUGAUGGUUGCCGAGGGCAACAGCACUUAUCUGGAAUGUCUCCCCCGAUCCAGACACGCUGCUGUUACCUGGUACAAGCAGGCAGGGGAGAACAGCCCCGAACUUAACCAGGUGGUAACAGGUGACCAGCUGGUGGUAAUUGAACGGGGCGUCCUGAUUCGUCGAGCUGAGCUGACCCACGGUGGCAUCUACCACUGCCAGGUGGAGGAGCACGGCUACCACUGGACCGCCGUCACUGUGCGCCUCGCCGUCUGGAGCCCCUCGGCCAAUCGCCUCCUCGCUUCCUGGUCCGCCUCGUCCUAUCAGAGCACGGGGAGCCAGCCCUGGUACGAGGAUGUGAUGGCGCUGGUUCAUCCCGGAAACAUCGGCCAGCACUGCAAGGCAAUAGGAUACCGCCCCCCACGCAACCACCGCCGCUACAGUGCAAUCAAGGUGGAGCAGAAGAAGGAGAAAGAGAAGGGGGAGAGGCACAAGCACGGGGGAGGGAGAGGAGGUGGAGGGGGAGGAAGAGCAGCCGGGAGGAAGAGCAGGAGCAAGCCGCAGCAGAGGGCACCGAGGAGCGCUUGAAUGUGUAGCGGAACAGGAGGGCGGAUUUCAGUGACUUAAAAAAACACACACAUAAAUGUCCACACAUGUACACACACUUAACUUAUACACUGAGACACACACACACUGUACAUACAGAGACUAUGACAUGCGCAUGCACUUAUCUACAAACAAAAAAGGCAUCCUUUCAUUAUAGUGACAAACUGUCUGAAGUAUGUACAGGAGGGGGGGAACAGCAGAGACACCUAGACAAAAGACUUGUGAAUAAAAAGGAAAAAGUAGAAACCCUUAGGCUGCGUAGCGUGUAGAAUGAAGGAUGAGCGGCACGUCUCAGUUUAUCUGACUCUGUGUCGUGGCAAGGACAUUGGACUUUGGAUCUGGAGCCUCUACAGAGAAAGAAAAAUCUAAAUGUAGAUAUUCCGCAUUUGAAAAAUCAUCCAACCCUUCUGAAAUGAUUGCUGCCUUAAAGCAACGUACCGGUGGCUCUGCAUGUUUGAUUAUAAGUCAUAUAGAUGUUGCCAAUUAUCCUCCAUAGCAGAACAGAUGUCUUUAAGAUUGAUUUCGUACCUUCCAGGCAGACACUGCUUCCCAUAAAAUUUGGACGACUUUGAAAACCAUCGUACAGGAGCAUGCAGAACAUUUGAAAAAGCUGCAAUCAGUGUUUUCCAAACGUUGCUAUGUGUGGCGUUCCAAGUUUCAAGGACAUCCUUGGUGUUCUCAAAACAUUUUUGAUUGACUAGCUUUGUUGUUGGAAAGUGAAACAAACACACUGUUGUUCACUGUCAAAAUGAGUUAAAAGGUAUCUUUGGGAAAAUAAUCAGCAGUGACAGUUUUGUUUAAACGCCUUUAAGAAGGUUAAUCGCACUGAUUUUAUUUGUUACCCUAAAUUAUAUAUACCAACAGUUCACCUACAGUAGAGAGAGUUAUUUCUGGAUUCUUCAAAUAGGUGGGGUCUGACACGAGAUGACUGAGUGUGACCACAAAGAUGAGGGCAGAGAGAAGCAGGGCGACAGCUUUGAUAAGGUUACACAUCUUCUUUUACACACUCGCGACAGGAGAAGUUUCCAUUACGUUCUCCUGAAAGCUUCAGAAAUGUUGACUGGUUGUGUUCACAGACAUAUUUGGCACUGCCACGCAGCUCAAUAUAGGUGUGGGAAAAAAGCAACAGAAAUAAGAACAUAGUAGAUCUGGUAUGUUUUAUAACGUCACAGAAAAUCCUAUUCGGGGUGUUGGUUUAGUUUCCCUGCAGUCCCACAUGAGUACAGUGUACAGAUUUAGGAACAUUCUUUAUUGUUGGACAAAAGUAACAUCUGCACAUCAACCCCUUCUGCAGACAAAUGUACACAUUUUAAUAUUUGCUUUUGAAAUCUGGCUUUUAGAUUAGGCCCAAUUAAGCUUCCACAGAAAGCAACAGCAACAAAAAACAUCUUCCUUUAUUUUUAAAGAUGAGUCUAAACGUCAGAACAAGGAUUAUUUUGGCAAAAGGCAGGGAUAUUUUAAUUGGUAGUAUUUAAAAUUAUAUUUCUAGCACUUAAAGACCUUUAGAGGCUGUGUAUCAACUGUGUUCAUGUCUGAGUAAAGUAUCAAGAUGCUUUUUCAUUCAAGAGUUUUCCAUAGUGUUUGAAACAACAAGGAGAAAGAAGCAUGUUUGGAAGAGGACCGAGGUGUGAACUGAAAUGCCAAUAGACUUUGUACAGAAAAUGCAUGUUUUACAACCCAUAGCUCUGGACCUAAAACUGGCUGUUGCUGACUUUGUGUGGGUUCCAGCCAAAUAAAAAAAAGUGGAGUAAUAUAACGCUGGUCCCGUAACUCCAGCUGUUAAUGACAUUUGGUUGUAAAUUAUGAAGCAGGCCUGAUGUUUAAUAAAGAAGCCUUUAUCAUACAAAGUGGAACCUGAGAAAGUGCUGAACAGGACUGGCGUCAAGUGGACUCUGACGUGUGGGAUUUAAGCGACUUCAGUGACUUUCCAAGGCAGUAAAUUGUGAUUUUCUCUAAAUGUUUUAAUGUUAAACCAACACAACGCUUUCCACCUGUAUUUAACUUUCUUCUUAUUGGUAUUUAUUUGUUUAGUCUUGAAUGAAACGACUUGCCUCAUAAGUUGUGAGGUCAGAUAUUUUGUGGUCAUUUUUUUCUAAUUCAACCAUGAUGUCUCACAAACAGGCUGCUAAUUCAACAUUUGUGUUGGUCUCUCUUGGUAUCUAUGUCCUGUAUGUUUGUGUGCCCACACAUUGAAGUCUGCACAGUAUUUCUUUUGAAAAAUCUCCAAAUGUUACCAUCUGCUUCUCUUGACGCACCUUCCUACUCCUACCUGUGGAAAUUCAGAUCAUGCCUGCCUGCAACCACGGCUAUUUAAUGUUUUUUAACCGUCCCAUAGGGCAAGCAAUUAAAAGGCAGCAAGAACUACAAUUCUCUUUCCAAAUGUGAUGCUUUGUCUUACUGUUUCUCAGAACAACGAAUAGAAACCAAAUGCUGAAACAUCUGAAUGCUGAUUCUUAUUAACAGUAAGAAUAGAGGGACAUGGAGAAAGCAAGACUAACUCAUUUCAUUCAAACUUACUUCACUGGAAGACUAUGCAUGCCUGGUUAAGUCCAGCAAUCAGUCUCCCAUAUCUCCAUAUAUUCAAUUUCACCCAACAAUGAUGAAGUUGUGCACGCAAUUCUGCACAUAUUACAUUAAAUAUUACCCAUGCUGGGUCCUGCUGGGUACUGCAGGAUCCUGAACCCUUUGCACUGCUGGUUGUAUGUAUUUCUGAAUAUGUGUGUGUGUGUGUGUUCUUGUAAAGUAUGCAUCUGUGUGUGUUUUUCAAGAGUAGGAUCAGAGUGAGUGGAGCUAAAAUGCAGGUCCAGAGGCCAACCCAGUAAAUGUGCCAAACAAGGAUCUCAGAAAUGGAUUAGAGACACGUUUUGAUGCUGUAUGAAAAAUAAACCAGACCAACUUCGAGCGGAAAAUUAACAUGGGCUGGGCUCCUUGGCUUCUUGGCUUUGGCCACAUGAAAGAGCUAACCAGGGCUGAGCUACUUCUGAAUGUGUGUUUGAGUAAAGAAAGAGAGAGUUUAUAUGUUUAAAGUGUCAGGUGCAGACACGCCUCAAAAUGAAAGGAUGUGUGUGUGAGUGUGAAGCUGGCAGUAUGAUUCAAGUAAAAUCAGGAUUGAGUUCUCAGUCUGAAAACACACUCACUGAUUCAGACAGCUAACAAAUCUGAAAUUUAGGUUGUGAAAAGUAAAAGUUCUUGAAUCGUAGCUAUUGACAUAGGCUACUGUCUGGGCUGAUAAAUGUUAACAACAAAAUAAAUGUCAAGCAGGUAAGGAGAAUCAAAGUUUAGCUUCCCUUUGUUAGCUCCCGCUAGCAUCCCACAUCACUGAGUUUCUUCAUAGAGGCCUUUCUAAAAACAUGACAUUGGUGUUUUCUGUGCAAGAACAAUGACUAUCCAUCAGUGUAAUAAAAUGUGAACACUUUGUGACCAGUAUAAAAACGGCAGUUACACUGUUAGCAUCCAAAUCAACAUAUCCAAGUAGUCCAAGCCUUUAGCAAUUAGCAAAUUCCAUUAUGGAAGCUAACGCUAAUGCUAACAAAAAAAAACUGAAAUAUGUUUUUUGGGAAUACCAACCAAUUCAGUUAAAAAUACCAAUCUAUCAUCAAAGGAAAGUUAACAUUAUAAAAUAUGUUUAUUUUCUUUCUAGUCAAAUCUUAAUGCAAUUCUUAUAACAUCUUAAAGCUACCGGCAGAAGUUGUUUAGCUUAGCAAAAACACUAAAAACAGGAAGUGCAGCUACCUUGUCAGAAAAAAAUACUUUUAGAAAUCGACAUAAAACCGCAUGACUAUUUAAAGAGAGUUUCAAAAAUAAUUGGUUUGGUCAUAACAUUACAGAAGCUAAUGGUAUAGGUAAGCUAGGCUAGGCAAAAACAAAAUAUAGGCUGUGCAAAAAUGUUGACAAGCAAGCAUCAAACCUAACAACCUAAUAAAAUAAUAAAGCGGUUUUCAGCCUGUGGAUAUUGUGAGGGUGAGUUUGUGUGUUGGGCUUUAUUUGUGUCAGAUCCAAACAGCAUAGGAGUAGGAGGCAGAAGUCCUAUGAGACUUUUUUAUUGUGCACCAUUUUAAACAUUUAAGACGUAAGUGCAGAGCUUUCAUUCCCACGGCCUCUUGUGUUUCACUCUGUUUUUCUGUAAUUACAUCUCAGUGUCAAUAUUUCUGUUGUGUGAUUUUCCAUAACGAUUUCUUAGCAGGAAUGUAACUGUCUUAAACUGAUCUUCUCUCAUCAUGUGAGUCUUUUUCUUUUUGUAAAUAUGUAUAAAGGUCUGCUUUCAAA